AUGGAGCGAAUCCGACAAGGCGUUCUGGAUGCUUCUGCGACACCAGGAUUAAAGCAAAUCACACCCGCUGUAGCACAGAUCGAUGCCAGAAACGGAUUUGGUUUUGUGGCGGUAGACCUUGGUAUGGCUGCAGCGAUCGAAUCAGCAAAAGUCUUUGGAAUCGGCAUGGCUAGCAUCAAAAAUUCGAAUCACUUCGGGAUGGCCGCAUGGGUCGUGCAGAAAGCCCUCGAUUCUAAUAUGAUGAGCUUGGUGUUUACGAAUUCCAGUCCUGCAUUACCGGCGUGGGGCGGCAAGAGCAUGCUACUAGGCGUGUCACCCCUAGCGUGCGGUGCACCAGGGAAAGAAAAGCCGUUCAUCCUUGAUAUGGCGCCAUCCAUUGCUGCACGCGGAAAGAUCUACAAAGCGAAGAGGAGAGGCGAACAAAUACCCGCUGACUGGGCGCUCGACAAGAAUGGCAAGCCAACAACAGACCCCGCCGCUGCCCUUGAUGGCGGGGUCAUGCUACCCAUGGGUGGACCGAAAGGAUCUGGAUUAGCAGUUAUGAUGGAUGUAUUCUCUGGCGUUCUCUCAGGGUCAGCCUUCGCUGGGCACGUAGCCGGCCCAUAUGACGCCUCGAAACCUUCGAACGUUGGUCAUUUUCUUGUUGCUAUCAAGCCUGACUUGUUCAUGAGCCUCGAAGAAUUUAGAGAGAGAAUGCAGUACCUCUACAACAGGGUUGUUAGCGCUGAAAAGGCGGACGGCGUCGAUCACAUUUACUUCCCUGGAGAGCUUGAGCAACUGCAACAACAAGCACGAGAGGCGACGGGCAUACCCUUAGUUCAGGCUGAGAUAGAUGCUUUGAAUGCUGAGGCAGACAAAGUGGGUGUAGAGCAUCUCGAAAUCCGGCCAAAUCCAUGA